AUGGCGAAUCAGAACCAUGAUGAUGGUUCAAUACUCUUUCAAGAGAUACUGGACGAUGCAAUAUCUUCCCUCAGAGCUAAAUGUCGCAUCCAUAAGGUUCACAAUGGAUUACUCAAAUUAAAUAGUGAUGCAUACACCACUAAGGUUGUGUCAAUAUGCCCUUUUCACCAUGAUAAUCCAAGACUGAAAAACAUGGAAAGCCUCAAACUGAAAUAUUACAAAGAUUUCAGAGUAUGCGUUCGUGCAAACUUUGACGAUUUGGUCUCUCUUGGGCAACAGUUAGAACCAAAGGUUAGUCUUUAUUACUCUGAGGACAUUCAACUUAGCUGGGAGAAACUUGUUGAACUGAUAUUGAUGGAUUCCUGUUUCAUAUUUGAGUUUAUCUUAACUUCUACGUCAACAGAUGAUGAUUGUGUCCCAUUCAAAUGUUGGUUGGAAAGUAAUAUAGCGUAUGAUUUGCUUUUACUUGAGAAUCAACUUCCUUUUGAUGUUCUUGACAAGCUCUAUAAUCUAGCCUCUCCUUCGCCUGAUUUCCUUCUUUUUGCUGAUCUCACUUUUCAUUUAUUCUGGAUACCUUAUGGAGAUUCUCCUCCUAGCAUAAAACACUUCACAUAUAUCUUAAGAAUCUCUUACUUAUCACCAACUGAUAGUCUAUCUCCAAGGAUGGAUGAAGUACUAACACAACUUUAUAAUGCAACUGAGUUAAAAGAAGCAGGAAUAAAGUUUAGGGAGGGAGGAAUGGACGAGAAUACUGAAAGUUAUCUUCGAAAUAUGAUGGCUUUGGAGGAACUUUACUGCCCAAUUGAAAGUUGUAACACCCCGUUAGCGACCGAUCAUGUUAUCAUUGUUUAUGAUAUUAAGUGCAGUUACAAUCAUAACAGUUCCUUUAAAAAUACAGUAAAAUUUAGAUUAGGUGAUAACAGUGAUGUGGCUAAAUUUUUCAGUGGCCUUGGCAAUAAUAUUGUGCUAUUGAAAUGUAAUUCUGAUUACAUUCGUAUUUUGGCAGAGUUGAAUGCUUAUUAUGAGCGUCCUUGGAACAAUGCAAGGGCAUCUUUGAGAUGUGAUUAUUGCCGGAGUCCAUGGAAAAUGACAAAUCAGAACCAUAAUGAUGGUUCAAUACUCUUUAAAGAGAUACUGGACAAUGCAAUAUCUCCCCUUAGAGUGAAUGUUGCAUCCAUAAGGUUCCCAAUGGAUUACUCAAAUUAA